AUGUCGGAGUCGGGGCAGAGCUCCAUCGAGCCCUACGAGUGUGGUCAGUGUGAGGAGUGGGGGCAGAGCUCCAUCGACCUGGGGGUGGUGGGGGUGGGGUGCUACAGCCUGCAGGGCGCUGAGGCACUGCAACAGGGCAGCUGGCAGCUGUUUGGAAGGCUCUUAUCAGAGUCGGGGCAGAGCAACAGGGCGAUCUCUAUGAGGCUCCAUCGACCGGUACGUGCGCGGUCAAUUUGGGUGGGGAGCGGUGCUGGUGGGUGGAACGCGGCCAGUGUGAGUGGGCUGCAGCAGGACGGUGAGAUGCUGGAGGGCGCCGAAGCAUUGCAGCAGGGCCGCUGGCACGUGUUUGGGAGGCUCAUGUUGGAUUUGGGGCAGAGCUCUAUCAAGCAGUACGAGUUCGCCCACCACUCAUGCCCACCACUCACGGGGACUCUCCUCUCCCUUCUCUCCCUUCAUCCCUUUCAUCCCUCUCGCCUCUCACUCUCCCCUCCCCUCACCACCACAGGCAGCCCACCCCUCAUAGAGCUUCAAUCAAUCCUCCUGGCCACACCGGGGGUGCUCGGGGCCAGGUUCAGUGGUGCAGGCUUCAGGGGGUGCUGUGUGGCGCUCGUGGAGCGAGAGAAGGUUGCUGACGUGGCGCGCCACAUGGCAGAAGAGUAUUCGGAGAGACAGCCUGAGCUGGCGGCAGCGUGUCAGAAAGAUAGCAUGGUGGUGGUGUGUGAUAUAAGCGAAGGCGCUAGGGUGAAAAGCACCUGA